AUGUCGAUAAGCAACAACUCGAGACUAGGCUUAGUGCAUUAUAAUGGAGAAUAUGAGGAGAAAGGAAAGCUUGUAGGUGGCUUUGGAGACCUAUCUAUCAGUGCUGAGAACAGCUCAUACCAGACUCUCAGUACACUAGCAUCAUCUGACACAGUCAUUCCAGAAGGUUACACUCUCAGUGGAUGUGUAUACUGUGCAGCCGUCCGCUACGACUUGCCGGGCUUGGCCACGCUGGCGAGAAACAAGAUCAGAUCUUUCAACAUCAGCAUCUUUGACGUUCUUUCUGUAGCAAGGGACCAUACAUUUCCACUUCUACCAGAAUGGGAUACUUGGUAUCAGACCUACGUCGAAGAGGCGCUCAACAGGGCCAUGGCAGAGGACCCGGAGCCUUUUCGAAAACCUGAUUUCAUCUCGAUGGUUGAAGGUAACGGAAAGCUACUAAGGCUAGUGUGGGAAACUGUAUUAAGCAACUACGCCCGCAUAUCAGCACCAUCAGUCGCUGGAGAAGACAGGGCUACUACUCCGACGCCCGGUCUUGUUUCAGAAUUAGCGCCUUCAACCACCUGCAGUAUUGAAGAGUCUGGUUAUGAGACAGGAAACUGCUCUACCGCUCCAGUGAAAGAGCCCGCCCAAGUGGAAGAGGCUGCGCAAGUAGAAGAGGCUGCGCAAGUGGAAUAUCCAGUACCAGUGGAAAGGCCCGUGGCGGUGGAAGAAUCUGUACCGGUGCCUAUCCCCAUGGACGGUAUCGUCGAAACGGCGGUUGUGACUGCCAAUGUCUUCACAGAAUUUAAAGAAGAAGAGUCUUUGCAAAUGGAAGAAAUCGAGCCCACGGCAGAAUUUCCACCGACCCCUGAGCCCUUUACAGAUGAGUUGGGCUUUGGUUCCAGCAAGACAUACCAAAAGAUGUGCAAGAGAUCAGACCAAUUGGGUGCAGACGGUGUAAGCCCCACAGAGCCCGAGGCGUCCGCUCAUGUACGAUUCGAUUCUGUGAUGCAGGUCGAGCAGAAAGCGAUCAAGCCUGUUGUGGAGGCGAAUGUGGUGGCCGGGGCGAGUGUGGCAGGCGAUAGCCCACGGCAGGUGCCGAUCGAAGGGCGUGAAGCGUUCCCAAUUCCAAAAAAGAGCAAGAAAGCAAAGAAGAGUAAGAAACUGCCCAAGGCGCCGAUUGAAGUAGAGUCCAGUACUUAA